GUCUUUUUGUAUAAAUGAUCACAAGCGAGUGUAAAAGACUACGCAGAUCAGAUAUGCAAAAAGACGUGUUAGUGUUAAAAUAAAUUUUAUAUUUAUGUUAAAGUUAAAUCUAUUAAAUAGUGUUAAAGAAAAACUAUAAUAAAGAUAAUAAGUGUAUUUAAGUGAAAAAAGUCUUACAUUUAUUCAACGUGCACUGGUCACCUUAUUCCACAUUCAGAAAGAAGUCAUUGCCAAGAGAAGAAAGCAAUAUGAUGGUAACGAAUUUUCAAGUAUUCAUUUAGUCUUUAAUUUGACCAGAAUAAAUUAUACAGUCAACGAAAUUGUUUAGGCAUAUCCAAAUUCAGUGUGGUUUAUCAUCUGUACAGAAUUUUGUGAACGAUUUUCCUACUAUGGACUUCGAACUGUUUUAGUAUUAUAUCUUACAUCAAUAUUGCAAUAUGAUGAAGACGAAUCUACCAUUAUUUAUCACAUGGCUGUCUUUAUGGCAUAUUUUUCACCGAUAUUUGGAGCUAUUUUAUCCGAUUCUUUUUUAGGAAAAUUCAAAACUAUAGUUUAUCUUUCACUAAUUUAUGCACUUGGUAAUUUUGUCAUAACUGGGUCGUCUUUAGCAAUUUCAUUAAGCUUAAAUAACCAAAGGUACUUAGCACUGUUGGGAUUAGUUUUAAUUGCAAUUGGAACAGGUGGAAUAAAACCAUGUGUUUCGUCAUUUGGUGGAGAUCAAUUUGAUCUUCCUGCACAAGAAGUUUAUCUACAGAAGUUCUUUUCCAUAUUUUACUUUUCUAUCAACGCAGGUUCUCUCAUAUCAACAUCAGUAACACCAGAGCUAAGAAAAGGUAUACAAUGUUUCGGCCGAACAUCAUGUUUCCCCUUAGCUUUUGGUGUACCAGCUAUGCUAAUGCUUAUAGCAAUUAUUAUUUUCAUAUGCGGUAAACGAUUAUAUAAGAUAAAAAAGCCAGAAUCGAACGUCAUUGUAACGUCUUUUUCGUGUAUUUAUCAUGCACUUAAAAGAAGAUUAUCAUAUGUUUCAUCAGAUACUGAAAAAAUGCAUUGGUUAAAUUAUGCAGAUGACAAGUUUUCAGAAAAAGAAAUUUCAGAUAUACGCUCCGCUUUAGAUGUAAUAUAUUUAUUUAUUCCAUUUCCAUUCUUCUGGGCCUUAUUUGAUCAACAAGGUUCUCGCUGGACAUUACAAGCUACUUUGAUGAAUGGCAAGAUUGAUUUUCUCAAUUGGACAAUGAAACCUGAUCAAAUGCAAGUGAUGAAUCCACUUCUCGUUUUGUUAUUUAUUCCAUUAUUCGAAACCAUUGUUUAUCCUUUAUUAGCCAAAAUCGGUAUUAAAAAACCAUUACAAAAAAUCUCAUUAGGUGGUUUUCUUGCUGCUUUGGCUUUUGUACUAUCAGCUGUUGUACAAAACAAGAUUAUUGGUGGAUCGAUCCAAAUACCAGCAGGUGAAGGUCAAUUAAGAGUUUUCAAUGGAAUCGAUUGUAACAUAACAAUAAAUUCAACAAACUUACCGGUCUACAAAUUAAAUUCUCUUGAAACAUUAGAGAUAAGAUAUGCACCAGCUUCUAACGAAAUUUCGUUUCCCAUUGUUUUUAUAGCUGAUUCUACAUGUUCUACGAAUUUAUCAACAUUAAAUUUGACAAGUAAUGUGUCCAUCGUUGAAGGAAAGACAAUGUCAUAUUUUUUAACUCGCAUAAAAGAUAAACUUGAAUUAAAAAGAAUUGGUUAUAUUGAUGACUUAACUAAACCUAAAAACGGUAAUUCAAUUUUAAGAAUUUUAAACAGUGAUGAUUUAUCUAAUAACAUUUUGAUACUCAAAGAGAAAGAAAAUAACAACACAGCAAUUGAAAUUAAUGUAAAAUCCUCAAUAAAAAACACCGUACCCAUUGGAGAAUAUAAAGCAUUUUUAGACAACGAAUUCCUCUUAGAUUUAAAUUUUUUACCAGCUAGUGUAAACAUACUUAUACUACAACGUAAUUCAGAUCACAUAGACUCAAAUUUGAUAGUCUUAGAGAAAGGUAAUUUUAUUCAUAUAGCAUGGCAAUUACCCCAAAUUAUUGCAAUGACCGCUGGAGAGAUUAUGUUUUCGAUCACGACUUUAGAAUUUGCAUUUACUCAAGCUCCUGCAAGUAUGAAAUCCUUAUUGGCAGCAGUUAAUUUGUUGACGGUAGCAUUUGGAAAUCUAAUAGUAGUGAUUGUGUCUGAAGUACGAUUUUUCGAAAAUCAAGCCUAUGAAUAUUUUCUGUUUGCUGGACUAAUGGUACUCGAUAUGCUACUAUUUAUUUUAAUGAGCUAUACGUAUAAAUAUAAAAAUUUGAAUGACCCCGUGCCCAUUACGUACAAUGAUCAAAAUAAGAAAAACUAAGGUAUACUAUUUUUUUUAUUGUAUGAUACCUAUUGCAAAUAUUUAUUUUUGUUUUUUUUUUUUGUAUAUAUUUCAAGUAUAAGCUAUCAUUUAAACACCUGUAUACACAUAUUUUUAUUAUUUAUACAUUAGUAUUAUAUAAAUAAGUUUAAAUAAGUUAAAUUUUCU